GUUCAGUACGCGUACAAGUCUCGUGGGUAGCGGAUGCCAGCAGAGAACAUUGGACGAAAACACGUUCGCUUCGAGCGCUUAGCAGAUUUUUAAAUUUCACGCAAAAAACAACUUCUGCUGAACCCCCAACAGCAUCUUAAAACAUCAACAACAACCAGCAGAGGAAGUCAAUAAAACGAAUUUAAAAAUGGCGGCCGUCAACGGAACACAAACGGACUAUUGGAACUUUCUGUUCAUCGAGCUGGCAGAUCCCCGCACCAAUGACUGGUUCCUCAUCAAAUCCCCACUGCCUCUGCUAACAAUUCUGGGGCUCUAUUUGUACUUUGUACUCUCAUGGGGUCCGCGUUUCAUGCGCGAUCGCAAGCCCUUCAAGCUGGAGCGCACGCUGCUGGUCUACAACUUCUUCCAGGUAGCGCUCAGUGUUUGGAUGGUGUAUGAGGGCGUUAUCAUAUGGCAGUAUUAUAGCUGGCGCUGUCAGCCGGUCGAUUGGUCGCGCACACCCAAAGCCUACAGAGAGGCACGCGUUGUCUACGUCUAUUAUCUGGCUAAGAUCACGGAGCUGCUGGACACGAUCUUCUUUGUGCUGCGCAAGAACGAUCGUCAGGUGACGUUCCUGCAUGUCUACCAUCACACAGUCAUGCCCAUGAUCAGCUGGGGCACAUCCAAAUACUAUCCCGGCGGUCAUGGCACCUUCAUUGGCUGGAUCAAUUCGUUUGUGCACAUCAUCAUGUACUCGUACUACUUCCUGUCGGCCUUUGGACCCCAAAUGCAGAAGUAUCUGUGGUGGAAGAAGUACAUCACCAAUCUGCAAAUGAUCCAGUUCUGCUGCGCUUUCAUUCAUCAAACCCAGCUGCUCUACACCGACUGCGGCUAUCCGAGAUGGUCUGUCUGCUUUACCCUGCCCAAUGCCGUGUUCUUCUACUUCCUCUUCAACGACUUCUAUCAGAAGUCUUACAAGAAGAAGCAGGCCGCGGCCAAGGCCAAGGCAGAGGCCGAAGAGAUCACCAACAGCAGCAACAACAACAACGACAACAACAACGAAAGCUGUGCCAAGAAUCUGAAUGCCGCCAUAGCCACAAGUGCAGCACAGCAAAAGAAGGUGCUGUAAGGCAGCUAGGAAAAUACUCUAACUCUAUAAUCUCUAAGCCCCUCCAAAACACACACACACACACACACAC